AAUAACUACAUACAUAGAACACAGUGAGAGGUUAUGCAUUAUUAGUCACACAAAGAAGCGGUGAAAGAAGAGCAAAAUGGUUUCUUCUUCCGAUGUAAAGAUUAUCUCAGAAUGCUUCGUUAAACCCAAAACCUUGCCUGAAAAAUGGAAAGAGCCAUACCAUUUUUCUCCAAUGGAUCAUUUCAUGCUCUCUUUGCAGUACAUCCAAAAGGGUCUUCUCUUUCUCAAACCAUCAACACCAUCUGAAGAAUCUGAUGAUGCAAUCAAACAAAAAGUCUUCAUGGAGACUUUGCUGCAAAAGCUUAAAGACUCUCUAGCCACAACACUUGUCCCUUUCUAUCCUCUAGCUGGUCGCCUCUCCACUUUGAAAACCGAUGAUGGAAGUUCCUAUUCUGUUUUUGUGGACUGUAACAACAGUCCUGGAGCUGGAUUUAUCCAUGCCAAAUCUGAUCUAAGUGUUGGAGAUAUUAUUGGCUCUAAAUACGUUCCUUUGGUUGUUCAAUCUUUCUUUGACCAUCACAAAGCAAUGAGCCAGGAUGGUCACACACUGAGUCUCGUAUCAAUAAAGGUAACAGAACUUAUAGAUGGGGUGUUCAUAGGACUGUCUAUGAAUCAUUCCCUUGCAGAUGGGAGUUCCUUCUGGCAGUUCUUUAACUCUUUGUCUGAUAUCUUCAGUUCACAAGAAGAAACCACUAGUAACAAACUACUUUGUCUCAAGAAUCCUCCAAUCUUUCGUGAAGGGUCUGGUUCUAUUUGUAGCCUUCCCUUCACUCAGCCUGAUGAGUCUAUUAGUCAAACCGAACCUCCAGUUUUGAAGGAGAGAAUGUUCCACUUCUCAUCUGAAAUACUGAGAUCAUUGAAAGCCAAGGCGAAUCAAGAGUGUGGAACAACAACUAUCUCGUCUUUUCAGUCACUAUCCGCAUUCAUGUGGAGAAGCAUUACGAGAGCAAGAAGAUUACCACAUGAUCAAGAAACUACUUGCAGGCUUUCUGCAGGCAAUAGAUCAAGAAUGGACCCACCAUUGCCAUUGAAUUACUUUGGUGUGUACGUCUCUCUUGUGCAAACGACUACUAAAGUAGGUAACCUCUUAGAGAAUGAGUUUGGACGGGCUGCUUUACAGCUACAUCAAGCUGUAACCGAACACACUGACAAGAAAAUCUCUUCAGAGAUGGAUCGAUGGUUGAAGUCUCCUAAUACGCCAUCUUUGGAUACAAAUGUAGUUCAUAUGGGAAGCUCACCAUGGUUUAACAAGUAUGGAAGUGAAUUUGGGAUGGGGAAAGCUGUUGCGGUUAGAAGUGGUUAUGGGAAUAAGUAUGAUGGGAAGGUAUCAGCUUAUCCAGGAAGAGAAGGUGGAGGAAGCAUAGAUUUGGAAGUGUGUCUUCUUCCAGAGUUUAUGGAAGCUUUAGAAUCAGAUCAAGAGUUCAUGUCCCUUGUCUCUUCUUCUUGA